UGUGUUGGUGGGGCAGAGUCGUCGGCAUGAGCCGCUUAGAAAUAUGGAUCCAGUGUGCUGUUACGAUGCGGUCGGGUGCGUGCCGGGCGAUCGCUCUGGCUACCCUCGUUUUUACGAUAGUGGGCCAUGUAGACGCAUUGGGUAAAUGUUCAGGUUGCGCUUUCCCCGUUAAGUGCAAUUGUACUGGCAUCAAAGGCAGAGCGGGAACACAGGGUUACUCUGGAGUGCCCGGGACACAAGGAGGGCCCGGUGAUACAGGAUACCCAGGCAUAAGAGGACCGAAAGGAGAAAAAGGAUCCGAUGGAGGAUAUGGAGUGAUUGGAGAUAGAGGAGCUAGGGGCGAUGCUGGUGAAAGGGGACCAUUUGGAUUACCUGGAAAUUCUGGAUCGCCUGGUGAAUUGGGUCCACAAGGACCUUCAGGCUUAGAUGGGUGCAAUGGAACAGAUGGUGUGCAAGGACCCGAUGGUACCCAUGGGUAUCCGGGAUCCAGAGGCUUGGUCGGUCCUCUAGGACCACCAGGUCCACGAGGUGAACCGGGCGAGGGUGGUAUAAAUUCGGUGGGAACAAAAGGUGAUCGUGGCGAGGAAGGAUUCGAUGGUCAACAGGGUUCCGAUGGAUUGAGGGGUUAUGCAGGACCUGCUGGACCCAGAGGAGAACCCGGUAAUUCGGGAUUGACUGGAGAACAAGGCGUUUUGGGACCACCAGGUGAUAACGGUGAUUCCAGAUGGGGCGACAAAGGACAGCAAGGCGAUGAAGGAGAGCAAGGAAAGAAAGGACCUAGGGGAGAGGCUAGGUCGGGGUUUUUCGAAAACCAUCCGGAUUUGAUGCUGAUGAGGGGACUGCCGGGAGAAAAGGGACAGGAAGGUGAAGAAGGACCACGUGGUUAUCCAGGGGGUCGAGGUGAUAAAGGACGACAGGGAAUUCCUGGUAGGAAAGGUUCGGCAGGAUACAAAGGCGAACGAGGUGACGACGGACCUUUUGGAAAACAAGGCAGACCGGGACCCUCAGGUCCUCCAGGAGAAAAGGGCGAUAAAGGAGCUCCAGGAUACGAAGGAAGACUUGGAGAAGAUGGAUUCAAAGGAGAGCAAGGAGAAGAUGGAAACCCCGGUAGCCCUGGCGUACAAGGAAAAGAGGGCCCGGUGGGCAUAUACGAUCCGCUCUUAGGCGAACCGGGAAAACUGGGCGUGGAAGGAAGGCAGGGUCCCGCGGGGUACCUUGGACCUCCGGGUGUAUCCGGUAUCCCAGGAUUCCCGGGAGUAUCCGGACCUAUCGGUAUACCGGGACCCCCAGGACCGCCAGGCCGACCAGGUUUUCCUGGAAUAAAAGGUAUUUCUAUCAAAGGAGAAAGCGGCGACGACGGUCUACCAGGCCAACCGGGAAAAUCCGGCCUUCCGGGCUUCCAAGGUCCCAUAGGCUCCCUGGGAGAGAAAGGCUACGCCGGCGAAACAGUGAUCGGACCUCAAGGCAGUCCGGGCUUCCCCGGAAUCGGCGGUUUGGACGGUACGCCGGGAGAGCGCGGCGAUCCAGGCGACAGGGGACCCAAGGGAUUCCCUGGUAUAGGGCAACCCAUCAAGGGACCUAGAGGUCAGACCGGGCCUCCAGGGUUGCCCGGUUUCCCUGGAGACGAUGGCGUGCCGGGGUCGCACGGACUCUCGGGCUUUAAGGGAGCGAAGGGAGAAGAUUGUGGAUAUUGCUCACCAGGUCUAAAUGGAUUGAAAGGUGAGAGAGGCGAGAGUGGUAGACUGGGCAGACCGGGAACGGCAGGUUACGAAGGUCUGUCGGGACCCCGAGGAUACAAAGGAAUUCAAGGUAUACCCGGACCAUCAGGACCACCGGGACUGGACGGUCAAGACGGACGACCGGGAUUGGCCGGACGAAUGGGUCCGGCUGGACGACCGGGACUUCUACUUCCUCCCGAUGGCAACACCAAACCGGAACAAGGUGACAAAGGUGACUUUGGCUUCGUUGGACCUCAAGGCCCCUACGGUGAUAACGGUCCACAAGGAAUUCCCGGAGAUUACGGUCUCAGAGGCACUCCAGGACCCAGAGGUGACAUUGGUGACGAUGGUCUUGCUGGAUACGACGGAACGGAUGGAAAACCUGGUGAUUUGGGAGAAAAGGGUGAUUCCCACGAGUUCCCUAUAACUCUUUUAGUAGGAGAUCGUGGAUUUAAAGGAUUUAAAGGGCGAAAAGGAGACAGUGGAUCAGCGGGCUCCCAGGGAGACGAAGGAAUAAUUGAAAAUAUCAUUGACAAAAAUGGAGAUAAGGGGGUAAAGGGUGAAACAGGAGACAUAGGAUUCCGUGGUUUCGACGGCCCGAAAGGCCCAUCGGGUACGCCCGGCUGGCAAGGUCUUCCCGGAGACCAAGGCCCUCCCGGCGAGUCCAUACCCGGCCCGGAAGGUUUCAAGGGUUACCCGGGACUGUUGGGCGACGAGGGACCUAGAGGUUUCCCCGGAAUUCCGGGUAAACCGGGCGAACCCGGCGUCGAGGGCAUCAAAGGACCAAAAGGUUACAGAGGGGAACCCGGGCAAAGGAUUCUUUAUGGAGAGAUGGGUCAGCCGGGGUACCACGGAGACAAAGGAGACCUGGGUGACGAUGGACCGGAAGGGUAUCCCGGAUUUCCGGGAUCGCCCGGACCGAAAGGAUUUAAAGGACCAAAAGGAGCACCGGGUUAUUCGGGAGCAACGGGAUUCCCAGGUCACCAGGGUAUGACGGGCAUAUCGAUCCGUGGACCUCCAGGUCUGGAGGGCUAUCCUGGACCCACUGGAGAUGCAGGAGCGCCUGGUGAGCCUGGAUACCCUGGAGAGGAUGGCGAAAACGGACCUCCUGGUUUGAAAAAUGCCAAAGGAGAUGCUGGAGAGCGUGGUCUUUGGGGAAUAGAAGGUGAAAAAGGUUCAGAUGGUGCGCCUGGAUACCCUGGAGUAAAGGGAUUGAACGGUCAAUUUGGUGAACCGGGCGAUAGAGGUGACUUGGGAUAUCCCGGACCGUAUGGAUUGCCUGGACCCAAAGGGCUGUUUGGACCUACAGGAUUUAAAGGCGAGAGAGGUGAUAUUGGAGAUCAAGGUUUUCCUGGUUUUCAAGGAGAGCCAGGUUUACCAGGCUCACCAGGCAGACCCGGUUUCGACGGUUUCCCGGGAGAAAAGGGCGACUCGAACUUCUUCGGCCAGAAAGGCCAAAAAGGCGAAGCGGGCGACGUAGGAUUGGAGGGUCGGGAUGGCUUCACCGGACCCCAAGGUCCCAAAGGUAUCAGGGGCGACGCCGGUGCCACGACGAUCGGCCUUGACGGCCCGCCAGGACUACCGGGCGAUGCGGGAUUCCCGGGAUUGCGCGGCGGCUACGGUUUCAAGGGAGAAGUCGGCGAACCCGGCUUCGUAGGUGAGGACGGGCUAAUUGGAGAUGGUGGAGAGCCGGGAAGGCCGGGAGCAAGGGGUUUGAAUGGUAUUCCAGGUCCGAAGGGACAAAUGGGAGAUAACGGAUUGCCUGGACUACCUGGUUUGCCCGGCGAAGUGGGAAUGGACGGCGAACCCGGCUUCAUAGGCCGUCCCGGUCUACCGGGAGACGUGGGACUGCCAGGUCCAAGAGGUCCUUCGGGAGACAAGGGAGUGAAAGGAGCCAGAGGACUGCCUGGAGCCGCGUUGCAAGGAAGCGCGCAGAAGGGAGAAGAUGGAGAUUUUGGAAUGACUGGACUUUCUGGUCCGACAGGAAUACAAGGAGAACCCGGUUUCCCAGGACUACGCGGUCUUAGAGGCGAUCGCGGCAACCCAGGCGAAAAAGGAAUAGUGGGCGACGUCGGUUUCGUUGGUUUCCCAGGAGCUCCGGGCGAGCCAGGUCUUCCCGGCCUUCCGGGACUACCCGGGCAAAAUCCAGAACCCGGCGAACCGGGAGUACCGGGACUCGAUGGCUUCGGGGGUCGUCCGGGUAUACCCGGUCAAAAAGGAGCCCCAGGAGAGGUUGGUCUCGAUGGUGAGCCAGGACCUAGCGGUAUUCCCGGCAUAUCCAUUCAGGGAAUAAAAGGAGAACGAGGAGACGGAGGAUAUCCUGGACGACCGGGUCUGGAGGGAAUGCCGGGUCCACAGGGAAUACCAGGCAGACAGGGACCCAAGGGUUUACAGGGAGAAUAUGGCUUCGCUUCAAUCAACUUCAAGGGAAUCAGAGGAGAUGUUGGAUACAAUGGUUUACCGGGUUACGUUGGCCCCAAAGGAGACGCGGGCGAACUAGGUCUGGACGGUUUCGAAGGUCGACCGGGCGAAGCCGGCGAAAUAGGUCUCCCCGGUGAUUUGGGUCCGCCAGGCCGACCCGGUCUGCCGGGUCUCAAAGGUCCCAAAGGCGAAGAAGGCGACUGGGGAAUCGAUGGCAACGUCGGAGUUCAGGGCGAAGUAGGUUUCCCGGGACCGGCCGGGGACGAAGGCCUGCCUGGCAGGAACGGAUUGACCGGAUUCGACGGCGAACGGGGCGAUAAAGGUCAGAGAGGCGACGUUGGCGAUCUCGGGUUUCCCGGACUUGAUGGACCGAAAGGUCUACCUGGAAUGCCUGGAUUACCGGGGAGAAUGGGUCUCAAAGGUCUUCCUGGAUCGCCAGGAGAUCAAGGUGAACCAGCACCGCCAGCACCGGUGGCCAAAAGUCGUGGAUUCGCUUUUACAAGACAUUCCCAGUCGCAUCUCAUCCCGGUUUGUCCCAGAAACACCGUGAAAAUUUGGGAAGGAUACUCGCUGUUGCACAUUCACAGUGAGAAGAGAUCCAGUGGCCAAGACUUAGGUGCUCCAGGUAGUUGCUUGCCAAGAUUUAGCACUAUGCCAUAUUUGUUCUGCAACCUGAAUGACGUGUGUGAUUACGCCCAGUCCAACGAUUACAGUUUCUGGCUGUCAACAACCGAACCAGUUCCUAUGACGAUGACUCCAAUUUACGGAAACGACAUACAGAAAUAUAUCUCAAGGUGUUCUGUAUGCGAGGCUCCUACCAGAGCAAUAGCAAUUCACAGUCAAACUGUUGAAAUUCCGACCUGUCCAGUUGGUUGGGAUGAACUAUGGGUCGGAUGGAGUUUCUUGAUGGGCACCGAUGGUGCAGCGGUUGGUUCAACACAAUCCCUAGUCUCGCCAGGAUCCUGUCUGGAAGACUUCAGGACUAGGCCCUUCAUCGAAUGUCACGCCCACGGCAGAUGCAAUCACUACGCUUCGGCGUUGUCCUAUUGGCUGUCCACUGUAGAAGACAAUGCGCAAUUCAACAAGCCGGUGUCGCAAACCUUGAAGGCCGGAUUCCUGACGACGAAGAUUAGCAGAUGCGCAGUGUGCUUGCGCAGAAUCCCAAGUCGUGUGUCCCCUGCACCCCCACCACAGCAACCACCACCUGUACGCCAACCACCUCCACCGGCUUACAGUUACCCCAAUCUUCCCUCCAACUACAGAUACAGAAAUAUCAAUAGGGAGAGAACAGGUAGAAGGAGAAGACCUAACACCAGGGUCCAACAAGGCUGAUGGUGAUCAUUCAAGUGCCAUUUUUUACGAUAUAGAUAAUGUUUUCACCUAAGAAGAAAUGAAAAUGUAUUUUAAGUUGCUAGUAAGCCAGCUUAACAUUUAAAAAUCUGAUGUUAUUAACUGUUGUAAAUGUUUCAUGCAUCUAAUAUAUUUCUUCUGAUUUAUACAGGGUGUACCAUUAUUCCGUGGACAAUGAACUACUUUGGAAUCAAAAUAAGUUCAAAUACCAAAAAUACAUAGUACUUUUUUGUUUAUGGAAUAUUAGGACAUCCUGUGUAUGUAAUAUAGCUUGGUGUUCCUAAUGAGACUUAAAUCAUUUUAUAACACUUAAAAGUGAUAAUCUUUAAGGUGCUAUCAAUAUUUUUUAACAAAUUUUAAAUAAUAUAUUCUUCUAUAAGCAUAUAAAGAGAGCAACAUAACUCUAUGGACAAUAUAAUAUUAUGUAUUUUUUGUAAUAUAUCUGUAAUAUUGUAAAAAUUCUAUUAAAAUAAUUUUUCUAGGUUAAGAAUCGAUCAUGGUGAUGUUUAGCAUAAUAAUAUAGUUAGUUCUAAGAAAUAACAUGUGUUCCAAUGCUUCUUUUCUAGAUCAUGACGCUUUUUGUUAAAGGAAAAUUUAUGUCACUGCCAUAUACUGAAGCAUUACAAUGUAAAAACUUUAGAAAUGAAUGAAAAUAAACGUAUGUUCACUAAGA